AUGUGCAUGCCGCGUGUCCAGUGGCCUGACGGCGCGAAUACGAGAAUAUCUCACCACAAAGCCGAGCUUGUAAAGGUGCAGAGCCUCUUUUACGCACGGCGCUACAAGGAGUGCAUUGCGCUAUGUGAACAACUGCAAACCUCGGAGAUUCACGCCUUACACCAAGCCUUCCUCUGGUUUUAUCAUGCAACCUGCUACGAGUCGACGGGACUGAUUGCGCACAACUUUUCGGGAAACAAACUCCAGUUUCUGGAAUCCGCAAGGGAGAGCUUCAAUCUGGCUCUGAAAUGUGUUCCUUUGCCAUACGUGUCAACUGAAGGAGGGUCUUACGAGCAGCCGGAGGAGUCUCCUGUCAUAACCAAUUUCGGAUCCCCGUCCAUCAUGAGAGCCCAGCAAGCAGGUCGAAAAGAAGUGUCGGUGUCAGCCUGUGUUACAGAGAUAUCUCCGUCGGGUUCGCCCACCAGCUUGUAUUCGAUUGGAACCCCCAGCUCAGAAGGAAAGUCUGUCGCGGAUUGCAAUGGGUCAUCGUCGCUAAAGCAUGCAUAUCAAGGGAAGUCGGCACACGACAAUUCAAAAGAAGGAAGUUCGAAAUGUAACCCAAUGAAACACCCGGCCACUCCAGUCACUUCAAACACGGAGGAGUCUCGACUCGAGCGCUGGCCUAGCUCCACCCGAAUACUGCAAGACGAUCUGGUACCGUCGCCUCUCUUCAGCCGGAAUCCCAAGCGCCCUGGAAUGGGGCUGCUCGAAAGCGAUGUCGAUACCCGACCACUUCCUCCUUUGCCAUUUAACCACAAGGCCGAUUUCAAAAUUCAAGGCACUCGAAUCAUCCAAGACCCACUGAUGCGCAAAACCGCAGUCCAGACCCUCAUUGCCCGCUUCGAAGGAACUCUACCUUUGCUUCCGUCGGCUCUCUUCACGGCGGCACGAUCCCCCUUGCGGGAGCAGGUCCACGAACUCGAGACCCCUGCCGCUUCCCCUGGCGUCACAUCCAUGAGAUUCAGAAUGAUUCGCGAUGCGUUCAGUCCGGAUCCACACAACGAACACCUCGAAGCGUAUCUCACCAACUGCACCUCUGCCGCGCUAGGGCGCUACAAUGCUCAUCUCGCGGACUUUCGUGCUCAGCUGAGAAAGCACAUUGCUUAUGUAGAUGGGGAAAUUGUUCGCGUGCAGAAAAUCCAAGGCGAGAGGAGCGCCACUAAAGCUUUAGGUUCGAAGCAGCGGUUUGCAAGUUUCUGGUCUUUCGACGUCGCUUCUACUGGUUCAGCGUCGAAAGUGGCUCCGGGGUCCACAAGAGUAGGUCGAAGUACUGACCUUGUGGGAGAGGACCAUGAUCAUGACACUCCUAGCGGAGAGAGCUCCCGGCAUAGAUUCAAGAAGAAGAUCGACGAAUUGAAACGCCAAGGUUGGAAAGUAUGCAAGGAAAGGCACGGCUUCAAAGGCGUGGAGUUCUACGAGGAUUUGAGGAGGCGUGUCGAAGCGGAACUGGAGGAUGGCUGUUGA